AUGCCGAUUCUCAGGUUGAUCUCUCGAGCUCGAAACCGGCGGCGGCAAAGCAGCGGUCAGAUCUCUCGCAGCGAGUAUGGUCAAAUCUGUCAAACCACUCCCGAUCCUAGCGAGAAUAAUAAUGUAGAAGAAGAAACUCCCAAACAACCACAAACGACCAUUGAUCCCAAAACGCUCUACCAAGUCACUUUGACGCGCAAAGCCACACGACGUGACGACGACAACAAUAACCAUCAUUCCUUGGGCAUCAAGUUGCGCGUCAUGGGCGGAAAAGUCAUUCUGCUCCAUGUGCAAGCACUGGAAGACGGAACACCGUCUCCGGCACAAGAUUGUGGGUUGUUGGAACGAGGCGACCUGAUGGUAUCCAUUAAUGGAAUUUCUCUACUGAAUUGCAGCUCCCAUCGAGAAUUGAAUCAGCGGGUGAAAUAUUUGCUGAUUGAACCCAAUGAAUAUGGGGUUUUUGAAAAGUCCGUCACGUUGGAAAUGGCCUCUGGAGUUUGUUUGGACGUCCUCGAACAGGUCCAAGCCAUGGAGGCGCAACGGUGGGAUCAAGUCAUGACGAGUGGUGGGGAUGCGUUGAUGGAAGAAGAAGGUACUACUGCAGAUUGUGCAGCAAAACAGACAGGAGAAUCCACAAAUAACAACAACCUGCAGGAUCAAAAAGCUGAAAAUUCCAACGAUAGUUCACCACAAACUGACAACAAUAAUAAUUCCACAGAACCACCUACAACACCCGAGCAAGCAAACAAUGGAGACGAGAGCACUGUGAAUCCAACUUCAAAAGAAGACUCCACGAAAAACACUCAUGAUGAUGAAAGAACUACUGAAAUAGUAUCAAGCAACAAUUCAGCAAAGGUUGAUGCUGAUCCCGUGGAACCACCUACAACAGGGCAACAAACAAGCCAGGAAGACAAGAGUACGGCUCCUCAGAGUAGUACAACUGCAGACCACCCCAUGAAUGGUACUCAUGACGAUGAAACAACAACAGAAAAAACAAAUGGUUCACAAAAAGUCGACGCUCAUGCUACGAAUCAUUCUGAGCCAGCAAACAAGAGAGUUGAUACAACUCCAGCUACCAGCAACACGAAUGAUGAAACAACAACUGAUAAGUCAAGCGACAACUCACAGAAGAUCGACGAUGAUCCCACGGAAACACCUCCUUAG